AUGGGCAACAGUCGGUCGAGCGGGCGCCGGACGCUGGCGCAGCCAGGCGAGAGCGCGCAUGAGAUCGUCGUUCAGCCCCACCGCGCGUCGUCGACGCUCGACUCCAAACUCAUGGAAGCGCUCCGAGAGCUCAAGGCGCGCAAGGACCACGACGGCGGCGACAAGCACGAUCCGUUUACCAAGAUCUUGCUCAAGGGUCCGGCGCUGAAGGAGGCCUUUGACAGCGUCCGCGUCACGUUCCGCGAAUUCGACAAGCAGCAAAAAGGCUUCAUCGUGUUUGACGACAUGGAGAGCGCGCUUAAUCGGCUCGGCGGCAACUUUACCAAAGCCGAGAUCGACGAAGCGUUCAGCGAGGCCGACAUGGCCGAGAACGGCCAGCUCUCGUUCAAAGAGUUCCUCGUCUGCCUCGCCAUGGGCUUUGUCCUGCACCGGAUACCCGCGCUCGAGACGACAGAGACGCCGCAGCUCAGCAUCUUUUACGCCCCGCUGGCUGGGAAAGCAGAGCCGAAAACACUGCUCUUUGGCGAGGGCAAUAAGCUCCGACAGGCCUUCCAGCUGGCGGUCGACGUCUUUCUCUGGUUUGACAUGGACGGCGACGGGCUCAUUGAAAAAGAGGAGAUGCUGCGUCGGCUGACCGAGUCCAUGCACGAGCACUCGCCGACGAAGAAGAUGUCCAAGGUGCGCAAACUGGGCUCGACGACCAAGAGCAGCGGUACGUGCCCCGCCAACGCCUUCAUCUCGCAAAAGCGCUUCAACGAAAUGGAUUGGGACCACGACGGUAGCAUCACGUUCAAAGAAUUUCUCAUGGCUUUCGAGUCGUGGGUUGGUGUCGACGACGACGAGGACAGUCGCCACCAGGCGUAG